GUGAAUACUAGGCAGGACUUAAGUCACUGGUACCUCUUGGAUUCACUCGAGUUCAGUGCACGAAUAAUGUCGUGUAAAUGUUACAAGCUGUAAAUAAAUUUUGUUCUUAUUCAGCAAUUUCUAGUGCAUGUUAUUGAAGUGUUUAGUAUUCCAACAAUCUCCCUGGUGUGCACUAGAUAAUGGCAUUGGUUGUGAUGAAGUUACAGUGAGAUCUUUGCCAGUUAGUUUGUAAACAACGUGUUUGUGUAUGCGAUAAGACAUGAUAGAUGCAUCGCUUGAGUAUUUUGUGAUGUAAUGUUAGAUAGGGCGUUAUGAUAGUUCCAACACACAGUAUUUUUGUAUGUAACGUUAAAUAAAGUGUGAUGUGCAGUGUUGUUCGUACUUCCUUUUUUACUUCUUCUGACACAUCGGUAGGAGUUCAGUGCGCUAUGGAAACUUUUAGCCCCAGGUUUCAACAGAAGUAGCUGUCAGUUUUCAUUCCACAUCGGUUUCAUAAAUUAAUUUGAUUGUUGCCCUGAAAAUGACUUUCAUAAAUGUUAUUGUCGGAGUGGUGGUAGUGCACUGUGGCCUUUACUUCUUCGAUAUACUAUUUAAGAGCUGCUCUCACUACCCAUACAUCUAUUUUCUUCAGAAUGUUGGACUUAAUAUUGAACCAUUUAAAAUAAAAUGGUUUACUACAGCAUUUAACAGGAUAUUUCAAAAAUGGGGGACGUGGCACCCAAAGCUGUUGCGCUGCUGGUUCACAGUUGGUUCUUGGGUGUCACUAGCACUAGUUCCCCUCGCAACAUACAUAACGAUUAAAACGUGUUUUGACUUCUGGCAGACAGCCUCUGUUGAGCACGAUCGUAAGCACUCGGUUACCCUGGAGCCUUUGGUACCUGGAGUAAAUUUGCCAGCAAGUGAACUCGGAUACUAUGGAUUAACAAUGAUUGCUUGCAGUAUUGUUCACGAGUUUGGUCAUGCAGUGGCUGCAGUUCGGGAAGAUGUUCACAUAUCAGGCUGUGGCAUAAUCUUAAUAGCUAUUGUGCCAUUAGCGUAUGUUAAUCUUAAUUCAGAUCAACUGGAAUCCCUGUCGCCAAAGAGGCAACUACGAAUUUUGUGUGCUGGUGUAUGGCACAACAUUGUAUUAGCAGUUUUUGCAGCUAUAUUCUUAUGGCUGUUGCCACUGAUUUUCUACCCAGCUUUUGAUUCAGGCAGUGGCGUAGCAGUGCAGAACAUCAGAGAGGAUUCUGCACUCAUGGGGCCAACUGGACUGAAAGUUGGAGACAGGGUGGUGGCAAUAAAUCAGUGUGAAGUUUUGGAUUCAGAGACUUGGUAUCACUGUACUUUAUUGGCAAUCAAACAACCAAGUCCUGGAUAUUGUAUAUCAGCUGAGUUGGUCAAGGAACAUGAUGAAUCUGUGCCAGUUCGACAGCUUCCUAAUGGUGCAGUUGACUGUUGUGGAAUGAACAGCCCAGAUCACCUCUGCUUUGAAUAUUUGGAAAAGGAAGGAGGAACACUAGAGUUACCUCAGCAUUCUUGUCUACCAGGUCGAAAAGUGGUUGAAUCUGCUGCACUUAUGUGCUCAAAAGCUACUGACUGUACAUCAGAUCUCCACUGCUUAAAGCCAUCCCUUGAAAAUUCAACAAGACUUGUUCGAAUCGAAAGAUUAGAUGCAAAGGUAGUUUUAUUUUUGGGUCGACCAGCUGAAAUCUAUCAUACAGUUGCAGUUAGUGAUUAUGUUCCUUUAUAUUUCAUUCCUUCAACGUUGCCUGAAAUGGUGACCCAAAUAUGUAAAUACUGCAUAUUAUUUUCAUCUGGAUUGGCUGCAGUUAAUGCCAUACCAUGUUUUUUUCUAGAUGGUCAGUACAUAAUGAGAGCCUUAAUUGAUUUCCUGCUAGGUAAAAAAAUUCCCUUAAAAAGUGUAAGGCAGACAUUAGCAGUAUUUAUUACCAUCAUUGGUACAUUUUUUCUUACUGUAAAUGCACUCAGCAUUGUUAUAACAAAAGUUUAUUAUUUGUAAUGACAGCCUACCACUGUUGCAGUUUUUCAUUUGUGUAUAUAUUACAUUAAGUCUUCUUGUCUUUCUUUAGUAAGUAACUACUGUUAAAGCAGUAUUUUUCAUAGUGCAGCUAUUAA